AUGGAAAUUGGACGCCCAGCUGCAGUUAGGUCGAUUCACAGAGCAAGAAGUAGAGUGAAUCCUUCUAUACCACAAUUGUUGAGUGAUUGGUCCGAUAUCAUAAAUUCAGAAGAGUUUGGGGCGAGACUCUUAUAUGUCAAUGGGUCAACUGAUGAGUCAUUUUUUCAAGGUUCCCUAGAAAUCCUUAGGGAUGAUGGAAGCAUUCGCUUUGUUGGGUUAGUGUUCACAAACGUAGAAUUCUUGAACCAAAUGAAUGUACAUAUACAAACGGUAAGGACACUGUGCAUGGAUGGAACAUUCCAAAUUCGUCCAAGACAACCGCCAGAUAUUGAACAAUUGUUCACAAUACAAAUUAUUUUGAAUAAUGUGGCAAUUCCAAUAGUUCAUGUCCUAAUGGUAGAUCGACUAACAGAGUCAUAUUGUAGAGUCCUACAAUAUUUAAGACAUGACUUAAAUUUAAAUCUUGAAUUUGAAAAUCUUCAAAUAAUAACAGAUUUUGAACAAGCGCUAAGAAAUGCAAUUAACAGAGUACUGCCCGAAGUCAACAACUCAGGGUGUUGGUUCCAUUUUAUCCAAAGUAUCGUCCGUUUCAUUAGGAGCAAUCAGCUAGUACAAUUAAGUACUUCAAAUGAAAAUGCUCGAAGGAUCUUAAGAAUGUUGAUGUCAUUGGCACACUUCCCUGCCGAAGAAAUACUGCAUCAUGGUGUGGCAUUUUCUAUUCAAUUGGGAUUUCGUGUUGUUCAAGACAUGGUAACUGAGUACCAUCUUGAAGUAGAACUACAUGCCAUUAUGCAGUAUUUUCAACGGUACUGGAUCGACACAGUGACUCCCCGAAGAUUUUCUGUUUUUGGACUGCAACAUAGGACAAAUAAUUAUAUUGAAUCCUAUCACAGUUCACUGCUAAGAUUGAUGGGUCAACAUCCAUCCCUCUAUCAGUUCUAUGAUCACUUACGAACAAUAGAGGAGAGGUCAAGAAAUGAUUUGAGAAGGGCAGUAAAUGGACAGCAGGUAAGACAGGGAACCUAUUCAGCAAAUAGUACCAGGUGUUCCACAACUAUUAAGAAUGCUUGGAGGCUAGUAGAGCUUGGAAAUUAUGAUGUAAGGGAAUUUUUAAGAAAUGUGUCUUAUAUUCCAGAACAAAUAAUAAGGAACCAAAUUGGAGAGCCAAAUUUUGAACGAUUGCUGGAUAUUAACUUGGAAAAUCCAUUACCCCCUCGAGGAAGAGUUAUAAGACAACUAGCACUGGGUCCACUACGUCCACCGCCGUUAGCUGUACUCCCAGCAGUCCAGCCGCCACUACGUCCACUACCGUUAGCUGUACUCCCAGCAGUCCAGCCGCCACUACGUCCACUACCGUUAGCUGUACUCCCAGCAGUCCAACCACCACUAUUGCCAAUUCCACCUAUCAACCAACCUCCACUAGUUGAACAGGCUCCAGGAAUUCAACCAGCUGAAGUUAGAGCUAGACGUAGGAUUCGCCAAAGAAGAGGUCAACCCUAUUUGAGAGGUCCUCAUGAACCUCAAAACCGUGGUCGCCAAAGGGCAAGGAAUAUGGAAGAAGCCUUUCCUGAAUUCUUUGCAGACCGAGAUGCCCGUGAUGCAAGAUCGAGAUCCCGUGAAGCAAGAGCAAGAUCGAGAUCCCCUGAACAAGAAAUACUGGAGUUGUGCACAAUUUGUUUUGAUGAGGUUGUGGCAGUCACUUUAAGACCAUGCAACCACACAUUUUGUAGAACCUGCAUUAGGAGAAUGAGGCAAGAGAUGUACGAUGUUUGCCCUUUAUGUAGAGGACAAAUAAUAAACUACGAAAAUUAUUAG